AUGGCCGAAAAAUCUACUUUCCCCAUUCAAUUCCCCCACCUUACCAAAACCAAUUAUAAAAAUUGGUGCAUUCGUAUGAAAGCCUUGCUGGGAUCCCAAGAUGCUUGGGAUAUUGUUGAGAAAGGUUACGAGAUUCCCAUUGAGGAUUCUCGGUUAUCUCCCGCUGAAAAGGAGGUAUUGAGAAAAAAUAGAAAGAGUGAUCAAAAAGCACUCACUCUCAUUCAUCAGUGUCUUGAUGAAUCGAUGUUCGACCAAAUAGCAGAUGCUACCACAGCAAAGGAAGCAUGGGAGAUUCUGCAAAAGGAAAUGCAAGGCGUGGAACCAGUGAAGAAGGUUCGACUUCAAACACUCAGGGGAGAUUUUGAAGCCAUUAAAAUGAAGGAAGGUGAAUCUGUUUCAGAUUACACCGCCCGUGUGAAGUCAGUCGUCGGCAAACUGAAGCAGUAUGGGGAGAAAAUUGAAGAGACCAAAGUGGUGGAGAAAAUUCUACGAUCGCUAUUACCAAAAUUUGACUACGUGGUGGUGGCCAUGGAGGAAGCUAAGGACGUAUAA